AUGCGUUUCAAUAUCGCUGGUCUUGUCCUCGCCUCGGGGUUGACCUCUGCUGCAGGAAUAGCUCCUGUAGUCAAUAAUACCCAUACCCAACCCUCCUCUACCAUACUAAUACAAAUUAUGUAUAUAGUACGACAAGAAAAUCUAGAUAUCGUCCGGCAGCUCCCAGAAGCGUGUAGCGUCGCUGCUUGUCUCAAUUUGACGGCGCAGCUUACGUGCAUUGCCAAUGCUAUUGCCAACAAUGAUCCGGUUGCUCUGCAGAAGUGUUUUACGACUUACAAGAGUCAGGUAACUAUAUUCUUCUUCGUUCAUCGACUGUGCUCAUGUGUUGCUUGUUUUCCAUCGAUUGAAAAUAUACUUAUUACUCUCGGUAUCUGUCCGGCCUCAAAGAAUGACAUCGAUAAGCCUUCUUCUAUGUAA